AUGGGUUUUGUUGGUAUUCAAACCGGCUUCGGAUCCGCCGGCCGACGGCGGUCGUUGCGCAAGUCUUGGUUUCCGUCUGAUCAUCAAGGGCUUCAACGGUUGGAAGAAUCCACGGGUUUGGCUUUUAGAUUUGUAAUUGGCAGAACAGAUGAUAAAUCAAAGAUGUCAAACCUUAGGAAGGAGAUAGCAGAAUAUGAUGAUUUCUUGCUAUUAGAUAUUGAAGAGGAGUACAGCAAACUUCCAUACAAAACUUUAGCUUUCUUCAAAGCUGCCUAUGCACUUUUUGAUUCAGAUUUCUAUGUAAAAGCUGAUGAUGAUGUAUAUUUACGACCAGAUCGCCUUUCUUUGCUUCUGGCUAAAGACCGACAUCACUCGCAAACAUACCUUGGAUGCAUGAAAAAGGGUCCAGUUUUCACUGACCCGAAGUUGAAAUGGUAUGAACCACUGUCACAUUUGCUUGGAAAGGAGUACUUUCUUCAUGCUUAUGGUCCGAUUUAUGCUCUCUCAGCAGAUGUAGUUGCAAGCUUGGCUUCUAUAAGAAACAACAGUUUCCGCAUGUUCAGCAAUGAGGACGUCACCAUUGGUUCAUGGAUGCUUGCCAUGAAUGUCAAUCAUGAGGACAAUCGGCAACUAUGUGAACCAGACUGUACAACCACGUCUAUUGCUGUGUGGGACAUUCCCAAAUGUUCAGGACUAUGCAACCCUGAGAAGAAGAUGUUGGAGCUUCAUGCUAAAGACAUUUGUUCGAAAAGCUCAACUCUACCUUCUGAAGACACUGAUUAG